CUGAGAGUGUCCUUCCUCAUUAAGAAGGUGUUAUUGUAUACUUUACAACUUUUAACUAGCUCUUAUUUCUAACAUUUCAGUAAUCUGUCAUCGCAAUUUAGUUCACGACUGUUGCGGGCCAAGUACCGUACGUUUACAAGAUAUUCUUAAGAUGAUUUCCAUUUUGUUCAUUGGCCUGUACCUCGUCACGUUUCAAGUGACGUGUGAGGGCGCCCCAGGUCCAAAAAUUAUUAUACAGAACGACGUCGAGAAAAGAGCCAUUUGUGCUGAAAACCAAAUGGACAAAAGUAGUGGCUGUCCACAGUGGGAAGGCAAAGGAUUUUGUUCUCAGAAUAGUAAAUACUAUCAAUUUAUGAUGGGAAACUGCUACGCAAGUUGUGGCCGUUGCCAGCUGCCUCCAACGGAAGCACCGAAAGCGUGCACAGCCAACGAGAUAGACAAAAAGGGUAGCUACUGCACUAUGUGGAAAAAAAAUUAUGGAUGUACCGGCGGCAUGGAACAGUUUAUGAGAAAAAACUGUUAUGCUACUUGUGGUCACUGUAUAAUGGCGCCCACACCAAUCCCACAAGUGGACCCAGAUGCCUGCCUGCAGGCCCAUAAUGAAAAGCGGGCUCUUCAUGGAGCCCCAGCUUUGGUGUGGGAUAACAAACUGGCUCAGGAUGCAAAGAACUGGGCAGAUCACUUGGCUUCUACUGGACGCCUAGUCCACGCUAAAAACAUUGCCGAAGGAGAAAACCUGUACUCAGGCUCGAGCGGAUUUGUCAAAUCCUGUUCAGAUGCCGUAAAGUCCUGGUACAAUGAAAUAAAGUUUUAUGACUUCGAUAAUCCAGGAUUUAGUUUCGCUACUGGACAUUUCACAGCGGUUGUAUGGAAGAGCACCACCAAACUGGGCGCAGCUUUGACCAAAAUAGUGUCAGAUAACGGAAUCACUCACACAUAUGUUGUGGCACGCUAUUCGCCCGCAGGAAAUGUGAUUGGCCGUUUUGCUGCAAACGUCAAGCCAAAGUCCUCAUAGAACCCAGCCGUGAGCUGAGAAAUAAUUGGAUAUCACUGAGUAUGUCAAAGAAAAAUAAUCUGUGAUGGUUACAGACGAAAAUUUGAAUAAAACUUAGUUCCGAGGGGGUUGCACAAA